ACACCAUGAGCACUGGCGAAGGUCCGGCAGAUCCUGGCCUCGUGAGCUCGCCGCAGGCCUCGGGAGUGAAGGUUCUGGAGACACUGAAGAAGCAUGUCUUCGAACAUUCGGAUGCUCCGAGCAAAACCCUCAGCAGUCGCGAGGUCUGCAGCUCCUUCUCAGAUCUGACGGCAGCCGUCUUCUCCAGCUCCCAGAGAGCCAACAGCGGUGUAGUAGUGAGUGGAGCCAUAGAACUGCUGGUCCAUGCCUGCUCCAACCAAGACCGAGCCAUCCGCCUGGCAGGUCAGGAAAACCUCCACAAACUGGUGAAGAAACUGCAGUCAACUCACCUGUCGAAGCUGCUGCAAGAUCUCUUCCAUGAGCUCAAGAAAAAUGGCAGUGCCCGAUCCCUCAGUGUGGCUCUGGAGGUGUUUGCAGCCCUGUUUCCUCGGACACGGCCAUCUCGUCGCCAGGCUCUCUCCCAGUCCCUCCUCCCUGUCCUGCUGCGACUGCUGGCCAGAGACGAGGAGGGACUCCAUGAGAGUCUGCAGGACGGCUUGUCACAUAUCCUCCCCACUCUCACUCCCUUCCUCUCCACCACCAACAACCAGCUGUUGAUGUCUGCUGUUCUGGACCGCCUGCCAGCCAGUCCAGCUAGCUUCCGGAGAAUGGCAGCUUCAACUCUUCACAGUCUUUGUGUCCAUUCAAAGUCGCCACAGAGCCUCACCUCCUGGCUAGUGGGUCGGAUGAUCAAUAUUGGUUGCCAGGAGACGGCUACAGAGCAGACCUGUCAAGGUAUUUUGCUGACACUGCAGAACAUGGCUGGUGAUCAAGACAUCAAAACUCUGAACCUCAUGAAGCAGGUGUAUGGACUUGUCCUCAGCUGUAUGAUGUACAGAGAUGGGAACACUACAGUUGCUGCCAUGGAAACCAUGAACUCUCUUUUGCUGGCCUCUUCUCCAGCUCUUUCCCGCUGGCUGAUGACGGCUCAACCUUCCCAUGCACUGGCCUCUAAGUUCUGGAUGAUCACUAAUGAGGGAGAGGUGGGAGGGGACGGACAAGAUAGCAGACAAGAAAAACAAGACUCCAGUUCUGAUGCCCACAGCCUCAGAGAGGACAUAAAUGAUGCCUACUUUGGCUCUGACCAGGAACCGUCUCCCCCGGCAACAGCGGAGUCGUCCCCAGUGACAUCUGAUGCAGGGUCGGCAGUGGUGCAGAUGGGUUACUUUGCUGUCCGAGAUGGACCAACUCAGCCUCUGUCAAGCCUAGUUCUGUACCUGACAGAGAGUGUGCUGGUGGGGAAGAGAGUUAGCGCCUUGUCUGUUGGUCUAGCCUGUCUCACCUCCUGUGCCGAUCUCGCUCCCUCCCUUCUGCCUUCUCUCUCCCCCUACCUUCCCUUCACUGUCCACCCAGACCCCAAGCUCAAGAGUCGGUCUGCUAAGCUGCUGGCUGUGCUGCUGAGAGCACUUCUUAGGGAGAGUCGCGGGGAGGCAUCUUCACCGCUGGUAUCCGAGGCUGCCGCAGCACUGCACAGUGUCCUAACUGACAGUUCUCCAGUCGUACUAAAGGCCGUUUGCGAGAGUCUGCGUAUAUGUCUCCCUUCUCUGGCUGCUUCCUCCCAACCCAAGCUUGCUGUGGAGUUGGUGGAGCCUCUGUUAGCUGCUGCUUCUUCCUCGUCCUACUGGCUUGCCAAAGUGGAGCUGCUCCGCACGCUGGCCUGUCUUCCUCUCACAGCUCUGGCACUCUCCCUCCCCUCUCUCCCACACUCCCUCCUCUCCCUCUGUGUGUUUCCACUCCUGGGAGACACAGAUCACAGAGUCAGAACUGCAGCUGCUGAGGCUGUUUCUCUCUUAGUUCCCAGCUUGCAGCUGACCUCUGACCAAGUCCUUGCCCACGCUCAUUGGGAGGUGUCCCGCGAGUUCCCUCCGCUACACAGCUCCACACCACAGCUGUCCCUUGCCUCUGUUGGCAUGCACAGCUGCAAGAUCACUCCCCCAACCCCUCUGGGUCUGCAGCACUUCCUCUGGUUCUUGGUCUGUAACAUCAGUUCUUCAGAGAACCAUUCCCUGCAGCGAGGCUGUCUGGAGGCUCUGCACAUGUUGUGUUCCGUCUUUCCUCCUGCCAGCAUGCCUCAGGCCUGGGGCUGUGACUGCCACAUUCCCUCUCUCCUACCCACGACUCUUUCUCUGCUUACAGCAUCCCAGCUGGCCUGGACUGUCCAGGGGCAGCAGCAACUGCUUGAUGUUAGCUCCUCUCUCUUCCUCUCCUGCUCGCUGUCAGCUAUGGAUCGACUGGUUCAGAGUGGCCAGCCCCCGUCCUCCUCUCCCUGGGCAGCGUUAGGUGACUCUGAGCUUUCAGCUCAUGCGGCAGUUCUUCUCCGACAUGUGGGGAGGCUGUUGGCUGUGUUUGUCCAUGUGCUAGAGGGCAGGGAGCCGGAGACAAGAGAAACAAAGAGGAUGGCAGCUGUGUCUCCCAAGAAGGCUGCGAUGAGAGAUUCAUCUCCCAUUCGCAGCAGUCCUGCUAAGCCAAAGGUCAUCAUUGAGAAUCUUCAGAGGGCACCUCUCAUACCUCGCGACGGGCUGGGUCAGUUUUCCUCCUCACAGCCUCACCUCAAGAUUCUCGACACCUGCAGAUCUGCGUACACCAAUUAUCAGGUGUCUCUAGCAAGAGUUGGAGAAGAUAAGUUCUCUCGCCUUCUCCAGUCCACACACAACCUGACCACCAUCCUCAUGGAGGUCAGAACUUCCUUCCCUUCCUCUCUCUAGUCAUUUCUGGGCUGCAGGUAGCUCUGGCUGCUGAUGUCAGCAAACAUGUGGAAGAGCUGAUGAGCUAUUUCACCAUCACCUUCACAGUGGAUCCGUCUGGGGCUCUGCUCUGUGUGCAGCAAGUAACACCUCAACUUGUGCUGUCUGUUCCCCAAACCAGUCCCUCUUAUCUCUCUGCAGCUGCUGAAUGCCUUGUUUGGGAUGAAUGCAGCAGCCCAGCACACCCCCAUACACUCCCCUUACCUCUCCUCUCUCCCUUUUGAGCUUCACUCGCUGCAGAGGUGAGCUCACAUGCUGAAGGACUAAGGCCUUCUCAGUAUUGGUAUAUAAUACCAGCAUAUAUUGGACGGAACAGUAUCUUACUCACGAAUGUUACUCCUGGCAGAGCCUCGCCACUCUCUCCUUCCCCCACCCCCUUGUCGAUGCCACGUUGUCACAGCCUUUGGCUGUCAUGGAGCAUUGGUUGGAUGGCCCUCCCCCACACCCUCACCACUCACCGUCCUCCCACAAGUCUCCCUCUCUCCCUAGGAAGCAGCCCAUGUUGUCGGGUCGAAGAGCUCUGGUUGUGAAGCCAGUCAAUCCAGUCUCUUCAGUGAAGGACUACAUAGCACACUUUGAGCCUCUGGUUGUAAGUGUCGUGAAGAGGUUUUCCUCCACACAUCGUCUCUCCUCUGCAACAGCGAACUCUCUUCCUCCUUGUUCAGCUGCUCCAGCCUCAAGGUUCGGUAUGAGCUGCUGGACUGCAACCACACAUUUCUGGACUCAGUUUUUGAAGUGGUGGACUGAUGGAAGUCUGGUGUAGUGAGGGAUGGAGAAGAUCUGGUCCAUUCCUUGUUCCAAUUCCUGGUCCUCCUUGCAUAUGACAACUCCCAGCUGGUCUCUAUCCAGAGGUGAUGCAGAGGUGUGAUGGUGUCAUGGCCUCUGGACACUCAGUCGACACAUUUGCUAUUCCAGCCCCCAGCCACUGGUUUUAACCUGUUGUCCGGCCUGGAAAGGAAGGUCUGAGCUGGAGACUCAGAGAGAAGUGGUGUCCUGAGCAUGCUUGCUGCGGGUCAUUGACCCUCGCGAGUGAUGUCCCUCCUGACACAUGUUUUGGACUGCUUCAGUCGCUCUUCCAGCCAUUGGUCACAGAGUCUCAGGCCAGAUCCUGCCUCUCUCCUCAAGCUGUUGCUAGACUCUCUCUCGUUUCAUGGACUCUGCUGAGCUCCAUGGCAACUCUCGACCACUGUGUUUUCUGCCUAUGGAUCUUCAGCUCUCUCUGUGACGUCUUUUUGUGUGUCAAUGCUACAGCAGCAGUGCCGGAAGGACCCCGGCAGCUGUGUCGCUGGCUGGCUGUCCCCAAACAGCUCUCACUCUCAUGAGAGCC